AUGACGAGCAGAAACUACGCCACCUACGAUGCAUUCUCCACGUUCGAGAUGCUCAAUAAAGUCAUUAAAGAGUCCGGUGACUCUGAGAAACAGAUACUCACCAAGCUCAAGGCUAUCAAAGAGGAGAUGAAGAGAGUGUCAAACUUGCCGAGUGAAGUCGCUGUCAAGCCGGUCACCAGCAUCGAGCUCGUUCAACAGACGAAUGCCACAAAGCUCAUCAAGAAGCUAGAUCAAACCUUCACACAUCAGAGUAUUGGCGAACAUCUCAAGCACGUUAUUCGCAUAAACACCGACCGACACCUACAGGGAAAAUUCGCUGGUAACUACGAUAUAUUGUGCGGAUACGGAACUGUCGAAAAGACCAGAAGCGUUAGGAGUCUCGACGCAAGCAUGCUUCGAAACAUUCACGGAGCUAUCAAUACAGCCAAAGCAGCAGUCGCAGGUUUUGAUGAAGACCCAUCGGGAUGGAUCUUGCGGGAAGAUAUCCAUAUACUGCUGCAGCAUUUGAAGUUCGAAGAAGGCGAAAGGGAACGGCUUCAGAAAGACUUGACGGAUGCCUGGAUGAGAGCGCGGAGAGCGCAGGCGGCCCUGAGUGGCUUAGAUCAAAUGUUUGGCGAACUAUACGGGGACAAGUGGAAAAAUGAUGAAGAUGCAGCUGAGUUACUGGCGGAGUUGGACCAAGCGCGCGAAGCGCGCGGAGACUUUUCUUCAGAAUUCGAAGAUCUAGUCUACAAGAUCAGCGAGCUGAAGAGGACCAUUAGUGGCAAGCUAGAGGAAGUUGACGCCCUCUGGAACGGCUUCAUGGAAGCCACACCGGGUACAGCAGAAGAACGCAAGUCAGUUGGGCGAGUGCGGGAGAUAGUCGCAGAUAUGGAAAGGCGGUACCAGGAGAUUGAUACUCAUUACGGCUGGAUAUUGGCGUCAGAUCGCGAACUUAGGGAUGAGGCACUUUGUUUGUACUUUGGAAAAAAGUUAGACGGCAAGGUUUGGAUGAAGAGAUCUAUCAGGAUGCUGAACAUGACCCGUCGUAUACUAGAGAUGAGCCAGCAGCGCGUCUUUUGA